UCUUGAGUUUCCUAUCACUUGAGUCCGAUCAUUUGACAAAUUAUAAUAAAACAUUUAUUUUGGUUUCCAAAUUUAAUAUAUAUAUAUAUAUAUGUUUUAUAAAUUAUGAAAAUUAAAUUUGAUCCAAUUUUACUUUGAGAUGUUAAAGGUCUCUACAUUCUAUGGCCAGUUCUACCAGUCAUAUAGUAUAAAAUAUUGUAUGUAAUGAUUAAACUAGAAAUUUUAAGUAUUUAACCUGUCAUUUCAUUUUUGUAAGGGUGCGAAAGUUACAAACCGCAAGAUGUAGUUAAUAGUAACAAAAAAGCCUCUCUAUAUAUCUAUAUAUCUAUAUAUAUAAAAAUAUGUUCGCCUCAUUCCUGCUUUGCCACGUGGAAAGUCGAUGUCUGACAGGCCGACACGUGUCCCAGCUGUAUUAAACGCAUCACUUCAUUUAAUCUGAAAAUUUGUUGGGCUUUUAUCGUUAGGGAAAUAUCUAUAGUGUUUUGGGCUACUAUUUUCUGAUUAUGUAUGCGGCCCGUCGGCCCGUCGGCCCAACCUCGAUAACCCUAAAUCUAAUGAAGCAAAGAAACGUAAGUCGUCUCUCUCCUUCUUUCUGCGGCGCUUGGAAACGUCUGAGCUUCUUCCAAAUCUCUGAAACGUAGGUCGUCUCUCUCCUUCUCAUUUAACAUAUUUAUAAUACUUAUGUUUUUUAUUGCCACUGUAAAAAAGUAUUUUAUUUAUUAACUCCAUUAAAAAUAUUAACAGUUAGCCAUUAAACUAAAUUAUUUUAACAAAACAAUUAAACAACCACAAAAUGAAAGCUCACGGAGUUGUUAUAAUAUAUAUUAGCCGACCAUUUUUUUCUAAUUGAAAUUGUACUCACACAUAAAAAACUACACCAGUAUUAUAUAAUAUUCAACUUUUUUCAGAUUAGAUGUUGUUCUAAUUUUUUCACACUAAUUAAGAAAAAUGUUAAAUGUUCCGUUUACCCCUAUUUAGUUAUUUAAAACUUAUUGAUUCUUUUCUACUAUUAUGUAAGGAUUAAACAAAAUUAACACAUAUUAAUUCAAAAGCAUACAACCUCACUCACACCACAUCUAAUUUUUCAUGCGGUAGACCUGUGGUAAUCAUUUCCUCGCACAGAUCAUUCUGUAAAGCAAACAACACUAACACAUAUUAGUUCCAAAGCAAAUCUAAGACACUACCAAUAAGAGCUAAAAUGUAUUUUCUCCAUGCCCAAACAUCUUAACAACCAUAAACAUUAUUAUACAUUUUUUCAAAUCCUAACAUAAAACACAUGCAAAGAAAAUAUACAAUAAUAUAGACAUAUACAUCAUACGUAAAUUAUAUCCCGCCCGUAGGGCGGGCCGAUCCUAGUAUAUUUAUAUGUUUUUGUUACUAUUAAAACUAGGAAAAGAACCCGUGCGAUAUCGCACGGGAGCUCAUUUUGUAAAAAUAUUUCUCGGAAACUCAUUUUGUAACAAUAUGUAACAAUGGAUAUCAUACUGAAUAUAUGUUGAUUUAUGUUGAUAUGAUCUUUUUCAUUUAUAAUAUGAUCUUGAAUUUUGAAAGUUCUUAUAAAACGCUAACAAUUAUUAUAGUACUAUUUGUUAGAUCUCUAAAUACUAUUUAGGAUAAGAUGAUAUUAAGAUAUAAAUUCUCUAAAAUUCCAUCGGUUUCUCAAUCAAAAAUUUUAAAUUUGGACUAAAAUACAAAAAUAACAAAUAGAACUCUUUAUGUUCAUGUUUGUUUCUUCAAACAUAUGUGAAAAUCGUUUAAUAUUACAUUUCUCCAUUUUAGUCUAUUUGUGAUUGUUAAUUUUUUUGUUGUGAUUUGUCAGUGUUCACAACUCUUUGUAUAGAUGACCAAACAUUGCAAUGUAAUAACUGAUAGUUCAUUUUAAUAAAAACAGUUGACAAAAAAUAAAAAGAUAACCAAACAUUGCAAUGGUUAGAUAAUGAUUACAAUGGUUAAGACCGAAAAUUACAAUGAUUUAUCAUCAAUACUUUUUUUUGUCAGCAUCAUCAAUACUACAAUUAGCAAUAGUUGCAAUGAUUUAUCAUUAAAGAUGGCAUUGGUUUUUCGAUAAGUUUCAAUUUGAAAAGUCACAUCUGUUCAUUUGAAAAGUUACAAAAUUUAGAUUUCCAUAACUAUUAGUUAACUAACUUGGUAUACGAAAUUAUUUCCUUUUUCUUCUUCUUCAGAUUAUUUCUCCAAUUACUUGUGGCAGAAAAGAUGUAGCUGGAGAUUGAGUGCGUCAGUUUUUAGAGAAGAGUUCGUACGGGAUCAAUGUUGUACAUAGCAAUGAAGACUAACUACAUUGCAGUAGAGAUGUUCUCGAAAAGGAGAAAAUUUUCAUGGAAACAGACUCUACACGGGUAAGCUCCUCUCUUCCAUAAACUGAUUUGUAAAGUUUUUUUCACUACAAUGUUUCAAGAAAAAAAACUUGAUAUACGACCAACCCAUGGGUGCAAACCUUAGAUAAUGACUGCACCAAUAGUAUUUCCAAAAGUAUAUUGAUUUGUAUAAACUUUUUUCUGUUCCAGACCUGAUAAAUAUAUUCACUGCUAUCAACAUUUUUAUCAAAUUUAACUUGUGGAAAAUUGGUUUUUAAAAAUUAGAAAUUGUUUGUUUAGAUUUUCUAAAAAUUAUAGUAUAUAGAUCUGUAAUUUUGCACUAACAAAUACACAACUCUUGAGACAAAUAAUUGUACAAUCAUAUUUUUUGGGAUAUUAACAUUAUUUAAAAAGUUAAUAUAUCCAAAUGAAAAUACACAACUUUUAAAAUUGAUAUGUUUUAGAAUUGUUUGUUGGAAACACACAUAUAUAAAUUGACAACUUUUAAAAUGAAAAUUAUGCUUUGAGAAGUCAUGGACAUAGCUAUUUAUAGAUUUUUAAAAAAUUUGUUUGAAGAGUCACAUCGUUUCAAUUUAAAGGUUAUUUUUAUUGAAAUAAUAAUUAUAUGAAAAAGUCACAAUUUUUCAAUAUAUAGGAUCACAUUUUUAAAUAUAUACAGUUAUUUUAAAAUAAAAAGACAUAACUUUUAAAUAAAAAGACACAAUUUUUAAUUGUUGAAAACAUGUAACUUUUCAGGUUCACAAUCUUUGGAAUUAAUUGAGAUCGCUGUUAUUAGUAGAUUAUGUAGUUGUUUGCAUGUUGGUAUUCAGACCUUAAAUUAAGCAUUUUUUAAAGGAAGAUGAGGUGUGUCGGCAACUUACGAAUCGGACAAACACGCAAUUAGAGAUGAUGGUUGGUUAUUUCAAAAAUAAUGAAAACAAAUUGGAUUGUAAACCCUAUCCAAGCCCAUGUCAUGAUAUUGAUAAAUACUAUGUUUAUUAUAGGCACAUCUAGUUCAUAUUUAACAUGCCAUUCAAUUACCCUUUAAUUUAUAUGAAGUGUGUAUUGACACGAAAAAACAAACAUAUUAAAUUAUAAAUACGUUAACUUACGAUAUAUUCGAGAAGUGCAACUUCUUCAGGUAUCAAUUUCUAUCCACCUGACCUACUUAAAUCGCAGAUGAAAUUAUUCGUUUGUUCGUAAUCUUCUUCUUCCUUUUGUUUAAGAAUGAGAAGAACUAUAUACAUAUUAAUUUACAUUAAAUUUUUUGUAAAAAGGGUUUUCAAAUUUACCAAUGUAUAGUAGUAUGACAUGUUGUGUAUCAAAAUAUGACGAGGUAAAGAAAAUGAGAACAGACGGGAUGUGGUAGCUCGUUUGGUAAAGACCUUGGGGGCCAACUGUCAUGCUCCCGGGUUCGACGCCAGGCAGAGGGGAACUGCCCAUCCUGUCAUCAAAUGCGGUACUGGGUGUUGGGCCUUGUCCUCAGCCCAGGUUUAAGCCCUCCCGGGUGAAGUGGACCGCUGCCUAACCGGGCCCAGGGAAUGAUCCACGUAAGUGGAGAACCCUGGAUUAUCAAAAAAUAAAAAAAAAAAAUGAGAACAAUUAAAGUUAUUUUCUCCAUUACAUAAAACUUGUACAUAUUUAUAUACUCACAAUAUGAACUAUAUAUACUUAAAACUAUCUAAACUAUUAAGGCAGAAGUACGAAUAAAUCUUACUCCUUAAAGUUGCACAAAUAUUACAUCCCUAUGCCACUAUUAAAACUAUGUCGUUUUACUUACUCUCUUUUUCUUCCUAAUUCGUUGAUACAUAUCAACUAAACAAACCUUAUAUUAUUCUGGGCUUACAAUUUCUAAAUGGCCCAAACAUACUUAUUUAGGUAUAUGUGUAUAUCAAAUAGAUUUUGCAUAGACUAUCGUAAUUAAUUCAACUUCUUUCCUUCCAUAAUACAAACCAUUCCUAAAACUAUUCCUACAUUUACGAUAUUUAAAAAACAAAUCAACACAGAAUAUUUUUUCCUAAUUCUACGCAAUCAGCAUUGAAAAAAAGGAUCAAUAUAACUAACGAAAUCACAUAAUUAUCUUGCCAAAAACUUGGUUACCAAGUAAUUCUUAUCUUUAAAGAUCGAAUAUUCUCUUUUUCCUAUUAAAUAAAAAAAUAUGAAUGUACAUUAAAUAAUUUUACAAAGAUUUUGCCAUUGAUUCUGCGUUUAAAUUAUAACUACCAAAAUUUACCAUUUAAUUAUUACGAUAUUAACCUAACGGGAUCCCAUUUGAUAUGCCAACUAUAUAUACAUAUCUCCUCAAGUUGCAUCGAUAUCAUAUCAAAUCAAAGAAUAAAAAAAAACCUCAAUAUGUCUAACCUAACGACAUUUGUUCCUCUCACAAAACUCAGGCCAUUCAAAGACAACUGGAGAAUUCAAGUGAAAUGUUUACAUUCGUGGAAGCAAAACACACCUUUUGCAGGCGAUACUUUCGAGAUGGUGUUAGCAGAUCAAUGGGUAAGUUUUGUAACACACGUUUCUUCCUUUCAUUGUAUUACUAAUGUCAUGAAUCUAACUAAUAUGACCGUGUUUUUGUUAGGGUAACAAGAUCCAUGCUACUAGCAAACGAUCUCUCAUGCAACGGAUUCAACGUGUCUUACCUAUAGAUUCUUGGGGAGUUAUUGAACACGUUACUGUGACUCCAGCUGGUGGUCAAUAUCGAACAACCAACUACAAAUACAAGAUGGUUAUAGCAGAAGACGCUGUGCUAUCAAGAUCGGAUUUAGUUGAUGAUAGAGUUUUUAUAUCGCUUGCUAAUUAUGAAGAAAUUGAGAAUGGAACCAAAAAGCAAGCUUUUCUCAUUGGUAAUCUCUGUUUAUGUUAUAUUCAUAUUGUUUUAAAACUAUACUGACAUGCGUUUGAUAUAUAUCGUUACCUAUGUUUCUAUUUGUUAUCUUACAGACGUGAUAGGAAGAAUUCAUGACCUUGGUGAUGUACAGACUGUACAAGUUUCUGGCGAAGACAGAAAGAGGGUUCUGUUUCGCUUAGUUGAUGCAGAGUUAGUUUCAAAACAUUUUGUUUUUGUUAUCUUAUACACUUUAUUUUGUUCUUUUCUUUGACUAAAUAUCAUUCUUUGAUAUCGUUAGAGGAAACAAUCUUGCAUGCUGUCUGUGGGGAACAUAUGCUGAGCAACUUGAACCGUUUUCUCUAAACGGAAAGGAUCAAACAAUUAUUUGUUUGAUCAGGUUUGCAAAAAUCAAGGAAUUUAGAGGUAUUUUUUUUUUGACUCUUAUAACAUUAGUUGAUUAAUAUAUUUUUUGUUUGAUUGAAUUCAAAGCCUAUGUUUAAUGUUUUAUAGGCGAGCUGCAAAUCACUAAUGCUUUUGAUGCGACACGACUGUUCCUGAAUGCAAUGAUCCCUGAAGUUUCUAAUAUAACUCAAAGGUUUUGCUUCUGUUAUGAUUAUGAUUUAUAUAUUAUUACAUGCCUAUCUUAUAAAACUAAUUUUUAAAUGUCCAAAUUGAAAUGCAUUUAAGGCUGUCAAAUGAUGAUCUCUCUGUUGCUCUGGUCCCAAAACCGUCUGGAAAGAAGGAUGGUAAAAGAAUGUUGUAUAACUGGAAUGAUGCUGAGAUCAAAACAAUUGCAGAAGUCGCUGAGGCCAAUCAGGUACAUCUAACCAUUUUUCCGAAUGUAAUUGUUUUGCUUUAUGGUUAUGAACAUUUGAAUAAAAAUCCGCUUAUGAUUUUAUAAAAUAUUUAGGUGGAGAUUUGCAAAAUCAUAUGUACUAUUGAAGCUAUAGAUACAGAUUGGUCUUGGUUCUACAUUGGUUGUAACCGGCACCAAAAACGUGUACUUAAGAUUCCUAAAGUUGAUUAUAGAAGGAUGACAAAAAAAGAUAAGCCUAUGUUUCGUUGUGAACUUUGUCGUUCUAAUAUCAAUACUGUUGGACCCAAGUAAGUGAUUAUAAUUACUUGAACUAAUUGUUGAGAGUUCAAAUAUUUAGCAAGAUCAAAGUAUUCUUACUAUAUCCGAUUUUUGUUUUUAGAUUCAAGCUACAUCUGGUUGUGAAAGAUGACUCUGCAACAUGUAAUGUGAUGUUGCUAGGCUCUGUUGGUAAGUCCAUCGUUGGAGUGGAUGCUGAAGAAUUAUGGGAUGGCUCAUAUGAGGAGGUAUAUAUUUUUUUAUGAAUUUGUGUUUUGCAGUUACUUUUCUCUACAAUAAUAGUUUAGAUUUAACCCCCAUAUAUUUCUACUAUAUAUCAGAUUGAAGAUCCAGAUAUACUACCAGAACCUAUUCUUAGUUUGGUCGGCAAGUCUUUCUGUUUUGGUAUUUCCAUAUCCUCAGACAAUGUCACAAAUGGAUCCGACACUUUUGUUGUUUUAGAGGUUUGUUCUGGAGAUAAAGUUCUUACUAUCCAGACUGACUCUCAAUCUAAUUCUGAUAUGGUCACAACUUCUUCUACCAUGUCAUCUGGAUCUGUAAGUAUAUUUUUUAAUUAAUUUAUGCUUUACAUUUGUUAUUAGUGUGUGCUUUAUGAUAGUGUCUAACAAUUCCUUGAAAUUUAAAUUGAUUUAGGCCAUGAUGUUGGAUCAAAUUUCCUCUGAUGAGUGUCCAACUCCUAUAACAAAGCGCAAGGAUGAUGAUUGUGACCUACAGGACCUAACAUCUUCUUCCAAGAAACAAUGCACCAAGAUAAUCAAAGAAGAGAAGAUCAAGAAUGAUUAGGCUGAAGAUGAAGUUUCUAUCCGAUAUCAAACUCCUUUCGCUUAUUUUGGUUUUUUUUUGUUAUGCUUUGAUUUAUUCCGUAUUUUGAAUUUGAGGCUUUGUUUUUUUUUUAUAUUUUAAUUUUCUUUAUUUAAUAAUAAGCUGGGUUUUUAUGUCAUUUUUAUGCAUUCUUAAAAUUAAUUUAUAAGACAGUAUAUUGAAAUUACUUAUUACUAAUCAAAACAAGAGCCUAACUAACCAAUCAACUCAUAUAGUUCUAAAGUAAAACUAUACUACCAAUCGUAUUUCUAAAGGAUAAUAAGUUUGGUUAGAAGAGUUUACCUGUCUAUAAGAGUAUGAAUGUUCGAACCUGCUCCAUCAUUGUUUGUCAUCGGAUCUGUGAUUCCAGUACAACAUAAACGUUUUUAGAACGAAUAAAUGUCUUGCGAAGUAAUUUUACUAAAAAAAGCCAUAUCAAUCUUACUAAUAUAAAUGUUAUAUAGUGAAUAAAAAUGAAUGUUACAGAUGUUUAAAUAAAAUAAUUCCUGGAUUAAACUUACUUAUUUUAACUAUUAUCCUACAUUUAAGCAAUUUAUAUAUUGUCAAUCAUAAAUUAUGACCAGAAAAAUAGGAGAUUACCUGAAUAUAUGCAAAUCUCAUAGUAAGCUAAUCCAUUCUUCCCAAAAAAUCUUUCUGAAUAAAUGCCGUGGAAGGAACAUUCCUUCAUCCUCAUUUGUUUCCUGGAGAUUUUAGUCUUGAUAUGGACAGAAGGGAUAUUGUUAUACAAAAAAGUUCAGGAAAACUACUGAGAAUAAACGAGAUUCAUGCUUCCUAUCUUGCACUUCAGUAUCCUCUUUUGUUUACAUAUGGUGAAGAUGGAUUCAGACUUGGUAUUAAGAAAGGAGCAACAGAAAAGACCAAAAAACAAAAGAAGCCUAAUAUCAGUAUGAGGCAAUGGUUUGCUUUUCGCCUUCACGAGCGUAAGAAUGAAUCUCAUUCUCUCCUACAUUCUAGAAGGCUAUUUCAGCAGUUUGUGGUGGAUGCCUUCACCACAAUUGAGUCUAAUCGUUUAAGAUAUUUGAAGAUGAACCAGCCGUCUUUGCGAUCAGAUAGCUAUGAUUCUAUUAAAGAGUCUGAGAACGCAGGAAAAGAGGAUAUGAAUGAGCAAGGAACUGAGUUUACAUUACCAGCUUCAUUCGUAGGGAGUCCUAGAUAUAUGAAGAAUUGUUACUUGGAUGCUAUGGCAAUAUGUAAGCAUUUUGGAUUCCCUGAUUUUUUCAUCACUUUCACAUGUAAUCCCAAAUGGCCAGAGAUCACAAGAUAUGUUAAGGCAAGGAAACAAAAGGCUGAAGACAGAUCAGACAUUAUCUGUAGGAUUUUCAAGAUCAAACUUGAUUCUUUGAUGGGUACUCUAACCAAAAAAAAUAUAUUGGGAGAGACACAGUCAUGUAAGUUAAACCUGUCUGAUCUGUAUAUUUAUAAAAAUUCCAUACGUUUGAAUUUAUAUAAAUUGUGACAAACGUUUUUUUUUACAGCUAUGUACACUGUUGAGUUCCAGAAACGGGGUUUGCCACAUGCUCACAUUCUCUUAUUCAUGAAGAAGUUAAAGAAGCCUACAACAGCCGAUAUUGACGACAUUAUUUCUGCAGAGAUUCCUAACAAGAAGGAAGAACCAGAACUGUAUGAGGUCAUUAAAGAUAUGAUGAUUCAUGGUCCAUGUGGAAGAGCUAAUACCAAUUCUCCAUGUAUGGAGAAUGGUCGUUGCUCUAAGUCAUAUCCUAAAUCAUUUUCUGAGAAGACCACUAUUAACAAAGAAGGUUUUCCGGUUUACAAGAGGCGUGAGCAGUCACAGAACUUUGUUAUGAAGAGUGGAGUGAGGUGUGACAAUCGGCAUGUCAUUCCUUACAACCGGAAGUUAUCUCUUCUAUACAGAGCUCAUAUCAACGUCGAGUGGUGCAACCAAGUUGGGUCUAUAAAGUAUUUAUUCAAAUACAUUAAUAAAGCACAGGACCGCGUCACAGUUGCCGUUGAACCACCAGACAACAUUGUUGCAAGUGAGUUAGGAGAUGUUGAGAUUACUAAAGAGAAUCUUGAUAAGAAAAGAAAUGAACUCAAGGAAUUCUUCGAUUGCAGGUAUUAUUACCGUUGUUGUUCUUUACAGUAUACCAAUUCAUUAAUUUAGCCACUGUUUUUUUACCAAUAUGUUUUUUUUUCAGAUACGUGUCAACAUGUGAAGGAACAUGGAGAGUAUUCAAAUUUCCUAUUCACUAUCGAUCAACUGCUGUUGAGAAGCUUAGUUUCCAUCUCCCUGGAAAGCAAGUUAUUACAUUCAGAGGGAAAGACAAAUUGAAAGCAGUUGUCACUCGAAAGCUCAUUGAAAAUACAAUGUUCUUAGCUUGGUUUGAGUUGAACAAGACUGACUCCUUCGCAAGAACAUUGACCUAUGCUCAGAUCCCAAGCUUCUAUACUUACAAUAAAAGGUUAAAGAAGUUCAACAGGAGGAAACGGGGAUUUGCUUUGGGGAGGAUUAACUAUGCUCCUAGGACCCAAGAAGAUGCUUAUUACUUGCGUGUAUUGUUGAAUGUUGUCAGGGGACCCACGAGUUAUGAGGACAUUAAAACAUACCAAGAUGUUCUCUAUCCGAGCUACAAAGAAGCAUGUUAUGCUCGUGGGUUAUUAGAUGAUGAUCAGGAGUACAUUGAUGACAUAGUAAGAAGAAGUUUUGAGAGCACAGCAAGUGAGCUACGGAAAGUGUUUGUUAUGAUGCUUAUGAGUAACACUUUAUCUAAGCCUAAGUCAGUAUGGGAAAACACUUGGAUGUUUUUAUCUGAAGAUAUUGAGCACUCUAGGAGAAGGAAUUUUAAUAGACCAGGUAUGUUUUUAGAUUUUAAACUUGAUUGUUCAAUUUAGCUACAUGAAUUUAUGUUUCAAGACUUAUAAUUUUAGUUUCUUUCUUGACUUUUUCAUAUUCAUUUUAGGUCUGAUGCUGAGUGAUGACGACAAAAAGAAGUAUGCUUUACUUGAGAUUGAAAAAAUCUUGAAACGAUCUGGAACUUCACUUGCAAAAUUUGAUUCUAUGCCUAAACCGCCAAAGAUAAGUAUCCACGAUGAAAAUGUCUUGGUGCUAGACGAACGCAGCUAUGAGCGUUCUGAUUUGUUAGAGACUCUUCGAAGAGAUCUGCUGAAGAUGACUUGCGAGCAAAGAAAGAUAUAUGAGGAGAUUCUUUCUGCUGUUAAUAAAGGAGAUGGUGGAAUGUUUUUUGUUAGUGGUUUUGGUGGAACAGGGAAAACUUUCCUAUGGAAAUUGCUUUCUGCAGCUAUCAGAUCCAGAGGAGAUAUUGUUCUAAACGUGGCUUCGAGCGGCAUUGCAUCACUGUUGUUGCCUGGUGGUCGGACAGCACAUUCCAGAUUCGGGAUUCCUCUAAAUCCAGACGAGUUUUCUUCAUGUACUAUGAAGCAUGGGAGUGACCAAGCUAAUUUAGUGAAAGCCUCAUCACUUAUCAUCUGGGAUGAAGCGCCUAUGAUGAGCAAGCAUUGUUUUGAGGCUUUGGAUAAAAGUUUAUCUGAUAUUGUUGGGAAACACGACACACAACCAUUUGGUGGAAAGGUUAUCGUGUUUGGUGGUGAUUUUAGGCAAGUUUUGCCUGUUAUAAAUGGUGCUGGUAGAGCUGAAAUAGUUAUGGCCUCACUUAACUCAUCCUAUCUUUGGACGCACUGCAAAGUUCUUAAGCUCUCCAAGAAUAUGAGAUUGCUAUCAGCAGGAUUGUCACCAGCAGAGGCAAAGGAUCUUCAAGAAUUUUCAGAGUGGAUAUUAAAAGUUGGUGAUGGUAAACUUUCAGAGCCUAAUGAUGGUGAGGCAGAGAUAGAAAUUCCCUCUGAAUUUUUGAUUACAGAUUGUAAUGAUCCUAUAGAAGCAAUCAGCGAAGAGAUUUAUGGCACAACAACUUCAUUGCAUGAAAAGAAAGAUGCAAAUUUUUUUCAAGAGAGAGCUAUCCUCUGUCCAACUAACGAGGAUGUUAAUACAGUUAAUGAAUAUAUGUUGGACAAGCUAGAAGGUAAAUUGCGCUAUUUCAUCUAUUGAUUUCGCAGAAGUUGUAGUUGACUCUUAUUCUAGGAGUUUUUGUUUUCU